ACUGGACCAGUCAAGAUUAGAGUUCCUGGCCAGCGUAAAAGCUGCUGAGCCUGGCAGAUCAGCUCUCUUACUGGCAUGCUGCAUUCUGUCUGGCUAGUCUAGCGCUUUUGACUUAAACUUUUAACUUCAGUCCUUACAUCGCUCGUUUCUCGCCGGUUUCGAAUCUUCCUGGAAAGCUGUCCUAUCCACUUGCCAACCCCUGCCAUCCUACUAAGCGGUGGUCCGAGUGCAGAUGUCGUCGCUCGUUCACCCCACCGCUCCUGGUUUGCUCACCUGGUUUACGUUAGGCUCAGACACUGUUCCCUUUUUCCGUGUGAUUCCGCGUGAACCGCAUGGACGUGCAUCUGUCGCCUCACGUUCCCUGGGAACUGCUAGCCAGCUCGCAGCCAGGGAUCAAAAGCAUCCAUGCAGCAUCCUCGAUACGAAACCCGAAAGGGGUUACCAGGCUUUUGCUCGGCUUUAAGCAUUCUGGAUUCAACUGCCGCAAUUCCGAUGUCCGAGCUAGGCGGCUAAAGUCUGGGCAUAAUACAUGGGUUUUAUGUAAACCGGGUCCCGACUCUACGAGCAGACGAGAUAUCCCCAGUCACGCACGGCGGUGCGUUUCGGCAUUCGCGUUACAGCACGUCUCGCUAGCAGCAAGCGCGAGCUCGGAACACAACUCCGCCAAACGAAUCGAACAAAACGAGCAAAACGAGCUAACCGAUCCGGGGCUGCUUUGGGACUUCUCCUUCGAUUCCGACGAGGACGACGGGCCCCUGCCGGACGUCCCCUCGCGCUGCCUGCUGCACGCCUUCUCCUGGUCGUCGCACGAGGCGGGGGGAAGCGGCGGCGGAGGCGGGGGGAUCGGCGGACGGUGGUACGACGUGCUGGCGGAACGAGUGGGGGACUUCAAGGCCAUGGGGUUCUCGGACCUGAUAUUCCCGCCCUGCUGCAAGGCUGCCGAUGGACCAGGAUUCGCUCCCGUGGACUUCUACGACCUCAAUAGCGCGUACGGGUCAGAAGCUAGCCUGCGAAAGCUGCUGUCGCAGCUGCAUGCGGCGGGGCUCGGCGCGUGCCUGCACGUCGUCGUCAACCGGCUGGGCGCGUGGAUGGAGGGGAGCGGAUCGGAGCAGCAGCAGCAUCAACGCCAGCAGCAGCAGCACGGGCAGCAGCAGCACCACCAGGAUCAUCAGGGGCAGGAGACGGGAGAGGGAGGCGGGGCGCCAGGGGGCGUGGGUCCCGGGGAGCCAGGGCUGUCGGAGUGGAGGCGGACCACCAACACUGUGGGCGAGCCGGCGGUGUGGCGGCAGGGCGAGCAGGUGGGCAUUGAGGGGCAGGCAUCAGGGGGAGGAGCGAGCACCAUGGACCAUGGGAACCCUGCUGUCGAGGAGGACUGCAAGGGGUGGCUGAGGUGGCUGCGAUUCGAUGUUGGAUUCGAUGCGUGGUGUUUUGACCUUGCCCGCGCCUUCGAUCCGGCAGUAGCCCACUCGUACUGCUGGGAUACUAGCCCCACGUUUGCCAUCGCUGAUGUGUGGACAGAAAUGCGAUAUCAGGGGGGAUAUCUGGAGUACAACCAAGAUGCCCAUCGAGCGCAGCUCUCUGAUUGGGUGAAAGCAGCACAAGGAACACCUCUCAUGAUCGACUACACUACAAAGGGCAUUCUGCAGGCGGCAGUGCAGGGGUGUGAGUACUGGCGCCUCAUUGACCCCCAAGGCAGGCCUCCUGGUCUCAUGGGCCUGCUGCCGGCAAAGGCAGUCACAUUCGUGGACAACCACACCACUGGCUCCACACAGCAGCACUGGCCGUUCCCUGCAUGGGGGGUCACUCUUGGCUAUGUGUACAUCUUGACUCAUCCGGGCGUGCCAUGCGUCUUCAUCGACCAUCUCUACGAGUGGAACCUCAAGGACUCGAUCGAGAAGCUGCUGGCCAUCCGGCAUCGCAACGGCAUCACAUCCAACAGCGCCAUCCGCAUCAUGGCGUGCAACACUCGGCUCUAUGUGGCGCGCAUCGGCACCAAUGUGGGCGAUGAGACACUGUUCCGAGGGGUCGUUGUGAAGCUCGGGCCGUCGUUUGACAUGCUGGGAACUGCACCAGAUUCGUCUUGGCCGAUAGCCAUGUCAGGUCAUGACUUCUGCGUGUGGGAAAAAAACACUGAAUCGGAAUGACUCCAUACCAAACUACUGUAGUGGAACUUAGUAUUUGGACUAGCCCUGGGUGUAUACUGCAUGUAGUGCAUCAGUUGUAGUGCAUAAUGUGUCACAUUGUUUCUGCUUUGUUGGGAUGAAGAAUAUAGGAUAACCUGUAUCGGGUCAAUGCUGGGCUUGAUGUCUUGUUAUGUGCUCUUUUUUUGGGGUCUUUCAACUGUUUUCCUUACGUAUUCUUGUGGCG